UGAACCAAGGAACUCCACCCGUCUCCAUUUAUGAGCUACGUCUCUGUUCUAAUGGAGAGAGAGAGAGAGAGAGAGAGAGAGAGAGAGCCAUGGUGGAGGAGGAGGGGUGGAGAAGGAGCGGGAUCGAGGUGAGGGGACUACACUUCGCCUACGAUGGCCAACCCCCGCUCUUCGUGAGUUUCGACCUCGAAGUCGCCCCGGGCUCUCGUUGCCUCCUCAUCGGCGCCAAUGGAUCCGGCAAGACCACCUUGUUGAAGAUUCUGGCAGGGAAACACAUGGUUGGAGGAAGAGAUGUUGUGCGAGUACUUAACAGUUCUGCUUUUCAUGACACAGAACUCGUGUGCAAUGGUGACCUGGCCUACCUUGGAGGUUCUUGGAGUAAAACUAUUGGUUCAGCUGGUGAUGUUCCUUUGCAAGGUGACUUUUCUGCUGAGCACAUGAUUUUUGGAGUUGAAGGGGUUGAUCCUGUUAGGCGAGAAAAGCUGAUUGAUCUUCUCGACAUCGAUUUGGACUGGCGUAUGCAUAAAGUUUCUGAUGGACAACGCCGCCGUGUCCAAAUUUGCAUGGGCCUUCUUCAUCCGUACAAGGUUCUACUGCUCGACGAAGUUACAGUCGACCUAGAUGUUGUCACAAGAAUGGAUCUGCUCGAUUUCUUCAAGGAAGAAUGCGAACAAAGAGAAGCUACCAUAGUUUAUGCCACUCAUAUAUUUGAUGGGUUGGAAUCAUGGGCCACACACGUGGCUUACAUCCAAGAUGGUGAGUUGAGAAGAUCCGCAAAGAUGUCCGACGUCCAUGAGUUGAAGAGUGCAGAGAACUUGCUUUCGGUAGUUGAGUCGUGGCUCCACUCGGAGGUCAAACGCCCCAUAGAGAAGGAAUCAGUGAAUUCUACUCUCCAAUCCCUCAAAUCUUCUCCUUUUGAUCAAUCUCCUUUCAGAUCAUCGCGGCAUAUGGCCUACUACCGUUAACUGCUACAUAACCAGUGUAUAUGCUGUUCCACCGUAGUCACUGGGUUGUAUUAAGUUCUAUAAGGAUGGUUUUUCGUUGUAGCAUUUUAUACGGCUUUCCUCUCAACCAUGCCAAGGAGUUGCGGGUCUAGGGAAUUCCCCUGUCAUGUUGUCAGUUUUUUCUUUCAGCAGCCCCACACCGCAGUGGGCACCCGCACCAGCAUGGCUCGGCACGGGCAUGAAGAAGAGAGGCAAACUUCUCAAGGUGAGGCAUAAGAAAUAUCUUCUAUUUAUGCUGAAAGUUGACUAAGAGAGGAAAACUUCCAAAGGAGUGGCAUGGUUAGGUCUUUUAUUUAUGCUAAUAGUUAUAUGGAACUGUGUGCGACAUGUUUCAUCUC